CGCUUUUCAUGGAAUUACACGCCACAACACGUGUAUCAUUGAAGGUUUCAUGUGCACCGCCGUAUGAAUACAUCUGCGGAUGUCUCACAAUUGCUUUUUGUACUUUUAGCAUGAUUGUGUAAAUGUUGAGUUCUGCUCAACCCGGGGCUAGAGGGUGUGGACGGUAGCAUGCAUUUCCACUACCGUCAGUAAACAGGCUCAAUCAAACCGAGCCUGCAACAUUUUCGUUUUUAUCGUGUUGAACAACCUGUGGAGUUUCCACUUUAUCUAUUUUACAAAAGAAAAAAGAAAAACAAACUCAUUUAUUUCAAAUGCAUUCACUUCAUGUACACAAGUUUGUAUUUAAAAAUUGUCAGUAUUCAUAAUGGGGUGUAUUAUGGCAAAGGAUUAAACGAUAUUGUUGACUAUGGUUUGGAGUGUCUCGGCACUGAGUCUGACAUAGUAGACUGCACGCAUACCACAAAAUCAAGUCAUUGCGACCACAGUCGAGAUGUUGGCGUAAACUGUUGUAAGUAUUUGCAUUAUGUUAUUAUUUAGCCGUAGCCGGAUACAGAGUUCAAGUAGAGUUUCCAGUUCUAUCGUACAAUAUUUGAUAGCAAUAUCUUGUAAAGCUUAUUAAACAUAUAAAUCUAUAAUCAAUAUUUUUAUCAUUGUUGCGUAUCUUGGUACAUCACAGCAAAUCUCUUACAUACAAAGCCUAUUAAAUAUAUGUUCUGUAACUGCCAAUCUUCAUCAUCUACAUGAAUUGGCUCAUACAAAAAUCAAAUUAGAAUCUUUCGUUGUUGUUAUGGAAUUGGUUUCAUUUGAUAACAACUUUGUCAUGUUUAAAUGCGAUAAAUACACUCAAGAAAUAAAACUAGAAAUUGUGUCCACAGAACACGGAUGCCCCAACAUAUUCCGUCAUAUAGCAACAAAAACUAUCAAAGGGCAAUAACUGCAGUAAAAAAUAGUCGUAGAAAAUUAACAGCCUUCCUGUAUGGUCAUCUACACGUCAAGCGUGUUCAUAUGUUAAAGUUUGACGCAAAACAGGUUAAUAGCGUUGGACAAGUUGGGCACACAAGAUUUCUGGACGUACGUACGGACGUAGGGACAGCAACAAUGCUAUAUGCCCUCCCCCACAUAAAUGUGUUGUGACAUAAUAAUGAAACAAAAUAUUUACUUCAUGAAACCAUUGAUCAUAAAAUUUUGACAGUCUAAAAAAUGUAUUUCGCAGUUGCUGGGUAAAUUGAAUUUUGUCUGUCUACAAUAUAGAUUCUAAAACUCCAGUAAGGCUAGUUGGUGGACCUACGCCUUAUUCUGGACGAGUGGAAAUUUACUCACAAGAGCAAGCCAUUUGGAAAGGCGUCUGUCUAGACAACUUCACAACGAAUGAUGCUGUAGUUCUUUGUACAAUGUACGGGAAACCGAAUAGAAAUCCUAGUAUUCAUAGAGCGACUAAUCUGUACAACUACGACAUACGUGCAGAUGCUGUUACUGGUUUAAAUUGUACUGGCUUUGAACUGGAUAUAACAAACUGUAGAUCUAAAAGACAAUGGAUUAAUUCUUCGUGUUCUUAUCCAAACUAUGCUGGUAUAAAUUGCGCUCCUGAUACACCGAUACGUCUGGUAGACGGACCUUCGGCCAAAGCAGGAAGAGUUGAAGUGCUAUUCAAUGGUACCUGGGGAAGUGUUUGUAUGAGUGGAUUGACAUUGAAAGACACUGCCACUAUGUGUGAGAUGUUGACAAACAGUAGUGCGUCUUUUAUACUGAAACGUUGGGAAUAUAAACCACGGGAAGACAACAUCAUAAUCAAUAAUUUGAACUGCACUGGCCAGGAGAGUGAUAUAUCCGAUUGCAAGGCAACUCGCUGGCAGCAAGGUCACUGCCAGGAUAAUACAGCCGCCGGAAUAGCAUGCAAGAGCACCAUUCGCCUUGUUAACGGCUCAGAUGAACGCUCGGGUCGAAUAGAAAUACUAACUGACGGACAAUGGUGGACUAUAUGCUCCGAUAGUUUCGAUAUUAAUGCAGCUAAUGUGACAUGCAGAAUGGCUGGAUUUAGAUUCUGGAAUGCAACAGUUCUAUCAGAUUCCGUAUUUGGACUGGGAUCGACUUAUGCUUUAAUUGACAAUAUUACAUGCAAAGGCGAUGAAGAAGACUUAGCAUCAUGUAAGUCUUCUCCGUGGAUGAAAACAACAUGUAGAAGUAACCAGGUGGCUACAGUAUACUGUCGAGUUCAAAAAACCCCUAUCCGUUUAGUAAAUGGUGACACACCCCAUUCGGGACGUAUAGAAGUUUUUCACAACAACAAAUGGGGUACAGUCUGUGAGAAAGGAUUCACAAAAGCAGACGCUCAAGUUGUUUGUCAGACAAUCGGAUACAACGUAUCGACAGAUUUGGCGAUAGUAAUAGACAAGUACGAUUCAGGAUACACUCCAUACAAUGUAAUGAUAAGAAAUCUGACAUGUAUCGGCAACGAAUCUGACAUAUCGUUGUGUCCAUCGAACGAAUGGGAUUCAGGAUACGAGAAUUGCCCUUACAGUGGAAGCUAUCAAAGUGUUGGUGUUAACUGCUUAACUCCAGUCAGCCUUGUUGGCGGUCGCACAGAUUAUAUGGGCAGAGUUGAAAUUACACAUAAUGGCAGUAAAGGCACAAUCUGCAGUGAAAACUUCACAGACGAAAACGCUAAAGUUAUUUGCUCAAUGCUUGGAUUUAAUUUUACGAA